AUGGGGGGCCCCUGGCCCGAGGGCCUGGAAGAUGUUCUUAGGCCGCCCCUCACCAAACCCAUCCCUCGGCCCUCCCGGGGAGCGCCCAGCCCCCCCGAACCCUUCAGCCUCGACUGGGUUUACGGGUACAGGGGCCGAGACUCGCGCUCCAACCUGUUUGUGCUUCGAUCAGGGGAAGUCGUUUACUUCAUCGCCUGCGUGGUGGUGCUGUAUCGCCCGGGAGGGGGCCCGGGGGGCUCCGGGGGUGGCGGCCAGAGGCACUACUUGGGCCACACAGACUGCGUCCGCUGUCUUGCCGUCCAUCCCGACGGGGUCCGUGUAGCUUCUGGGCAGACGGCCGGGGUCGACAAGGAUGGGAAGCCACUUCAGCCAGUAGUUCACAUCUGGGAUUCAGAGAAGCUCCAUAAGCUCCAGGAGAUCGGACUCGGGGUAUUUGAGAGAGGAGUGGGGGCCCUCGCCUUCUCGGUCUCGGAUCAGGGCAGCUUCCUGUGUGUGGUGGACGACUCCAAUGAACACAUGUUGUCCGUGUGGGACUGGAACCGAGGUGCCAAGCUGGUGGAGAUCAAGAGCACCAACGACUCCGUCCUGGCCGUCGGCUUCAAUCCCCGAGACAGCAGUUGUAUCGUCACCAGCGGGAAGUCCCACGUCCACUUCUGGAACUGGUCUCCUGGAGGAGGAGCUCAGGGCAAUGGGGGUCUCACACGGAAACAGGGUGUCUUUGGGAAAUACAAGAAGCCCAAAUUUGUCCCCUGCUUUGUCUUCCUUCCGGAUGGAGACAUCCUCACUGGGGACUCAGAAGGGACCAUCCUCACCUGGGGGCGGAGCCCGCCUGACUCCAGGACCCCAGGCAGGGGUGGGGCUAAAGAGACCUUCGGGAUCAUAGCCCAGACCCGAGCCCACGAGGGCUCCAUCUUCGCUUUGUGUCUGCUGAGGGACGGGACGGUGCUGAGUGGGGGUGGGCGGGAUCGCCGGCUGGUUCAGUGGGGGCCAGGGCUCACGGCCCUCCAGGAGGCCGAGAUCCCAGAACAGUUUGGAGCCGUCCGCGCCAUCGCCGAAGGGCUCGGCUCGGAGCUGCUGGUGGGCACCACGAAGAACGCGCUGCUCAGGGGAGACCUGACUCAGGGCUUUUCCCCCGUGAUCCAGGGUCACACCGACGAGCUCUGGGGUCUCUGCACUCACCCCUCCCUGAACCGCUUCCUCACCUGUGGCCAUGACCGGCAGCUCUGUCUGUGGGAUGGGGAAUCCCACGCCUUGGCCUGGAGCCUUGAUCUCAAGGAGACGGGUCUCUGUGCUGAUUUCCACCCCAGUGGGAAGGUCGUGGCUGUGGGACUAAACACUGGGAGGUGGCUGGUCCUGGACACAGAGACUCGAGAGAUCGUAUCCGAUGUCACGGACGGUAAUGAGCAGCUCUCAGUUGUCAGGUAUAGUCCAGAUGGGAUGUACCUGGCCAUCGGCUCCCACGACAACAUGAUCUAUAUCUACAGCGUCUCCAGCGACGGGGCCAAGUGCAACCGCUUUGGCCGAUGUGUGGGGCACUCCAGCUUCAUCACCCAUCUCGACUGGUCCAAGGACGGGAGCUUCAUCAUGUCCAAUUCUGGGGACUACGAGAUCCUCUACUGGGACGUGGCAGGGGGCUGCAAGCUGCUGAGAAAUCGCUAUGAGAGCCGGGACAGGGAGUGGGCCACCUAUACCUGUGUCCUGGGGUUCCACGUGUAUGGCGUGUGGCCGGACGGCUCGGACGGGACGGACAUCAACUCCCUGUGCCGCUCCCACAACGAGCGGGUGGUGGCCGUGGCCGAUGACUUCUGCAAGGUGCACCUGUUUCUGUACCCCUGCGCCCGGGCCAAGGCUCCCAGCCGAAAGUACGGAGGCCACGGCAGCCACGUCACCAGUGUCCGCUUCACGCACGACGACUCUCACCUCAUCUCGCUGGGAGGGAAGGACGCGAGCAUUUUCCAGUGGCGCAUGCUGGGGGGCGGGGGCACGCCCUCCCGCACCCCUUCGCUGUCCCCCGCCUCCUCGCUGGAUGUCUGACCCCCCCACCCCCACCCCCGGCCCGGGACUGGAUGGGGGAGGGGGUGUAGGGGACGCUUCUGGCCCCACCUCCGUCGCCCCCUCCCCCUCCCAGGACCAGGAGCCUUCUCCUCCAACUUCGUUACAUUCCGUGCCUUCUCCGGGCCGGGCAGGGGCGUUGGGACCCCCCCAACACUGUACAGAACCGCAGGCUGAGCCGAGCAGCCCCGCCCCCCUCCCGGACCCCGCCGCAGAGCGGGGGCAAUAAAACCCAUGCAAAGUCU